AUGCUACUUGCCUUGCUCUUAUUAACAGCGGCAGGCUAUCAGUCCGCAAACAAUAAAUGUCCAGAGUGUGGGCACUCCCCAUUCAAUGACAGCACUGUCAAGGCCAGCAGCGCGGCUCGGAAAACCAUUAAGUCCUGGUUGAAAGAGCAGAAGGCCAAAGCAGAGAAGUCCCAGACUCCGGUCCUUGCAGACAGCGCUAUCGAAACCCCGGGCCAGGCUCCUGUGGAUGCGCAACAAGAUGCUGAGGUAAAUGGUCAUGAUUCUGAAUCCGUCAAUCAAGAUCAGAUAUCGGCACCCACCUCAUUUUCUAUAGAAGAGCAGCCAUUGCCCUCCAUCGAGGUACGGCCCCUUUGUCAAAUCCAAAUGUCCCUGCUGACCAAUGUCCAGAAAGCGGAGGAUGGCGCGGAGUUGCAUUCAGACCCUGUCGACGCUAACGACGACGACAUUGAGAUCCAAGUCGAGCCAGAUCACGACGAUCCCAACUUUGUACCGCCGCAAGAUGAUGAUACACAAGAAGAUUCACAAUUCCCGUCGAAACCCCAUUCGAAAGAUGGCGAAGUCUCCCGGCCCGACUCUCGCGACAACCACGAGUCACCUUCGAAGCAGAAUUUUGACAUGAAUGGCAUGGGCUUUCAGAACGCCGAUUUCAGCAACCCGAUGAUGCAGCAGAUGCAGCAGAUGAUGGCUAACGGUUUCAACCCCAUGAUGAAUAUGCAAAUGGGCAUGAAUCCAAUGGGUAACAUGUUUGGCGGGUUCGGGCCCAAUGGAGGCAUGAACGGAAUGAACAUGAUGAAUAUGAACCCACAGAACAUGUUUGGAAAUUUUCAAAACAGCAAUAUGUGGCAGAAUAAUAAUGCAAAUGCAUUCCAGAAUGGCAUGGGUGGUGACUUCAACUAUGGCUUCAACCCCAGCUUCAACAACCAGCAGUAUCCAAAUGGUGACUUUCAUCAGUCCGGCUACCGUGGCCGUGGAUAUGGCCGUGGCCGUGGCCGUGGACGUGGCGGCUACGGUCGAGGCCGUGGAAAUUUCUACAACAACUAUGACAACCAUAACUUCCAGAAUGGGCUCGAUCAACAGUGGCAGAAUCAACACCAGCAGCAGCAGCAGCAGCAGCAGCAAAUGAACGGCCAUCGUCCUCGACAAGAGGAGCCAAAACCGGAGACAUUCAAGCACGAUGAAAUCCAUCCGGACGAUGACGAGUUCGCGCCUGGGGGCCAGGAAGAGGUCCAAGAAGCUUUAGGAGACGACUAUGCCAAGAAAGAAGUCAGAAAGGACCCUUCUAUCCUAGAUGAAGCUCCCCUCAGUGCACUUGAUACGGAGCCUCAGCCUGUCGCUGACCAAAAAGUCGUAGAUACCGCAGAAGACGAGCCCUACAAAUCCGUGGACACGCCGGUACCGACGACACAGUCCAUUGCCGAGGCAUAUUCCGAGGAUCUCGACAUGGUAAUGCCCCCUCCGUCGGCCCCUUCCGGUCCUUCUGGCAGGUACGGGGACCAAGAUUUUGGCUUCAGAGCACGUGGCCAUGGUAAAUUCCCACGUAAUAGAGGCUCUAUUCACCUACCUAACGGCCGUCCGGCCUCACCAGUGAGGAGUGCAUCCACGCAGUCCGUACCCCAACCGGAGCCGGCUGUUCCCGGUGUCGUUGGCGCGCCAACUGGUCCUAGGGCGAUGCGUGAGCCCCCAGCAAAGCCACCGAGGCCACUUAGCGGAGGUUUUCAAAUCAUGGGCCGUGCCUCGUUAGCAUCAAGGGUUUCAGAACGUCGCAGUCCCAGCCCUGACAACGAGCCCGAUGAUGGCAGAGAUGAUCGAACAGAGCGAAGAUAUUCUCGCCGUGACGAUGAUGAGGACGACUAUAGCCGGAGCCGCAAGCAUCACAAAUCCAGGCGUGACGAGAAUGGAGACUAUGACAUGCGAGACGACGAGGAGUCAUAUGUCCGGUCUGACUCCCAGGAUCGUACCCGCAGGUACCGUCGGGAAAAGGACAAGUAUGGUAGUCGGAGCUCCAAGCACGAGUCUCGUAGAACCGACGAAGACGAGAAGAUGAACGACUACGGCGAACCCGCGAAUGAUCUGGAUCGGGCCAGCCGCCGAGAUCGGAAGCAUCGUGAGCGUGAGCGUGAGCGUGAGCGUGAGCGUGAGCAUGAGCGUGAUCGAGACAGAGGCCGUGAUAGAGAGCGAGAACGGGACCGUGAGCGGGACCGAGGCGAGCGCGAUCGGGAACGAGAAGAGCGGCACCGCGAGAAGGAGCGAGAUCGCAAACGACGCCGAGAUCGAGAUGAGGAAGACGAGCAUGAAGACGAGUAUGAAGGCUCGCGGCACAAAUCCAGGAGGCACAAAAAGGAGCACGCCCCCGCGGCCCCCCGUGGAGACGAUGAGCACGUCAAUGGACGCUCAAGUCACCGCUCCAGUCAGGUCCCAACACCCACAGCGGUACCGGCAAAGGAGGCACCAGAAAUGGAUCCUCACACGCGCGAACGCAUGGAGCGAGAUAGGCAGAGAAUGCUGAAGGAGCAGCAGAGGAGGGAAAACGCUGCGGCGGCACUAAAGGGCAGCAACUCGAGGUCUGGCGGUGGUACACGGAGACCAAUGAGCUUCAAGUACGAGGAUGAAGCUGAAAGGGGGAUGAUUGAAGGGGAAAGGGAGAGGAAUCGCGCGCGCUGGAGGUAG